GAGAAGUAUGAUGAACUACGCCGAGACAUGAAAGCUCUCCAUGAAAAAGGGAAAUUCGGGAAGACUGCGUACGAUCUCUGUUUGGUACCAAGUGUGCAGGUACCUCACAAAAUUCAAGAUUCCAGAUUUCGAGAAAUACAAAGGGAGUUCUUGUCCUGAGGAACAUCUAAAAAUGUAUGUGAGAAGGAUGCCUGCAUACGCCCAAGAUGAUCAGAUUCUUAUUUACUACUUCCAAGAAAGCUUGACCGGCCCUGCUUCAAAGUGGUACACAAACCUAGACAAAACAAGAGUUCAAACUUUCCGUGACCUUUGCGAAGCUUUUGUGGAACAGUACAGUUACAAUGUAGACAUGACUCCGGACCGAAGUGACCUCCAAGCCAUGACUCAGGGGGAUAAAGAAACGUUCAAAGAGUACGCCCAACGGUGGAGAGACACCGCUGCCCAAGUCAGCCCACGAAUUGAGGAGAAAGAGAUGACCAAGCUCUUCCUA